ACUUGCUGGCGCCCAAGUGGGAGGGCCGCAGCUGCCCGCUCCCUCCUCCCCACACCCCCGCUACCUGCCCAGUCCCCAAAGCGAAUCGUGAGAAGGCUGCGAGCCAGCGGGGCCGAGCCCACAACUUUGCAGCCUCGGGGAGGUCGGGAGCCAGCGUCCAGGGCUCCUCUUAUCGGCGCCCAGAGCUCGGCAUGUAAUGGAAGAUGCUGGCCCUGAGGCUGCUCAACGUGGUCGCCCCCGCCUACUUCCUGUGCAUCUGCCUGGUGACCUUCGCGCUCCAGCUCUUUCUCUUCCUGCCCAGCAUGCGCCAGGACCCCGCGGCCGCGCGGCUCUUCCCGCCCGCGCUGCUCCACGGGGCGCUCUUCCUGUUCCUCUCCACCAACGCGCUGGGCAACUACGUCCUGGUCAUCCAGAACUCCCCCGACGACCUGGACGCCUGCCGGGGGCCCUGGGCCGGGAGGGCUCCGUGCCCCCCGCCCAGCACCCACUUCUGCCGAGUGUGCGCCAGAGUCACCCUGAGGCACGACCACCACUGUUUCUUCACCGGCAACUGCAUCGGCAGCAGGAACAUGCGCAACUUCGUCCUGUUUUGCCUCUACACCUCCCUUGCCUGCCUCUACUCCAUGGUGGCGGGCGUGGCCUACAUCUCUGCAGUCCUUUCCAUCUCCUUCGCCCACCCCCUGGCCUUCCUCACGCUCCUUCCCACCUCCAUCAGCCAGUUCUUCUCUGGAGCUGUCCUCGGUUCUGAAAUGUUCGUCAUCCUCAUGCUCUACCUCUGGUUUGCCGUGGGCCUGGCCUGCGCCGGCUUCUGCUGCCAUCAGCUGCUGUUGAUCCUCCGGGGGCAGACCCGCCACCAGGCGCGGAAGGGGGUGGCAGUGAGGGCCCGGCCCUGGCGCAAGAACUUACAGGAGGUGUUUGGGAAGAGGUGGCUGCUGGGCCUGCUGGUCCCCAUGCUCAACGUUGGAGGUGAGAGCUCCAAGCUGCGGGACAAGUAGCAGGCGCCCCCAUCGUGUCUCUCUCCGUGUGUCUUGACUCCUCCUGAACAUAAGAUCGUGGCACCCUUGUCUCCGCCCAUGACCCACUGCAACCUAGGGCCAGUAGUGGCCUAGCAUCCAUCCCUGGUCUGUGACACGUGGGGAACAACAUCGGCUGGUGGAUCACGACAGGGAGGAAAAAAUGGCCACCCGGGCAUUGCUACACUCUCCAGGGGCCAGCCGUGUGGCUGCUAGGAGGCCUCUGCUUUUGUCUCCUUUCCUUGGCUCCCUGCUUUGCCCCUCUCCCCUCCCCUCCCCAUCCCUUCUCUACCAUGUCCCACGUCCUCGCUGCCAUCUGCGAGAGCUCUUCCUCUAAGCCCCGUGUUGGGAG